AUCUGCUUCUAUUAUCCGACGCAAUGUGUUCUUUGACCUUCCACUUUUCCGCUUCCUUUCAGGAUUCCAAGUUAGGGCUUGUCUCGUGAUGCAGUUUGAUGAUUUGGGUAAUGUAUGUCUUAUCCAUUUCCAUCGUCUUUUCCUAAUUUCUUCUUCAGCUGGAAGCUGAUUUGUUCUCUCCCACAAAAGGCUUUUGCUGAUGGUAUCCGGCCAAUGGAUGUUGAGUAUCUUGCGAAGACAGCUAUUUUUUUAAAUACUUGUACCUUCUUGAUGGUGGUUGUUGUAGUUCUUCAAGUUUCAGCUCCAUACAGUAGAACUGCCUUGACGUUGGUAAUGAAGAAAGUGAUUUUGAUAUUGGUUGAAAGUUGUUUUGAGGAUGCAUACAUCACAAAGAAGAGACUGAUCAAUUUCAAUCUGUAACAUCAAUGGUAAAAUUCAAAUAUGAAUAAAUUAAAAUCUGACAUUUAUUUUCUAUCCUGUGAUCAUUUCUACAAGAAAUCCUUGGUAAAAUCUCAGAUUGUAGAACUGGAAACAAAAACAAAAAAAAACUUAUUCAAUAGUGAUAACAUUGUUAAUAACCUCAGUUCAUUAUGUAUAUAGUAACGUUGACA